AGAGUUGGUACCAGGAUCAUCAUGAAGGACGCUCGCUUUAGACCGGCCCUCGAACCUGGUAUGAAGCUGGCCCUGACUUUGCGACACCUUGCCUCUGGUGACAGCUAUUUCUCGCAGAAGUUUAGCUGGAGAGUACCUCACAACACACAGUCACUAGUAAUAGGAUACAUUUGCAAUGUCAUACUGGACGAGUAUCUGGAAGAGAUGCUGGCCUACCCCAGCACGCCAGAAGAGUGGAAGGAAGUUGCUAACAGAUUCUACCAGAGGUGGAACCCAUGUCAUAGGACCAGAAAUGUCGCCUGA